CUGGCACCCGCGCCACAAUCCGCGGGAUCGGACCUCGGGCGGGCGCGGCGCGGGCCCGCGGUGGGGGCGGGGAGCGGGCAGCCCCGCAGGGCAGCGCUGCCGCCGGGGACCGGAGCCGCCGCCGCCGCCGCCGCCGCCGACGCCAUGGACCUGGGACCCUUGAAUAUCUGUGAAGAAACAACCAUUCUUCAUGGGGGAUUCCUGCUGGCCGAGCAGCUGUUCAGCCCUAAGGCUUUGGCAGAACUCAAGAAGUCUGACUGGGAGCAAGUUGGACAGCCCAUCGUUGAAGCCUUGCGAGAAAUCUCUUCUGUUAUAGCCCAGUCUCACCCCCAGGCUUGGACCAAGAAAGCUUUAAUCAUCAUCUGGGCCAAGGUCCUGCAGCCCUGCCCUGUCACACCUUCAGACACAGAUGCUCGGUGGCAAGAAGACAUCUUCUUUUCUGUGGGGAACAUGAUCCCCACCAUCAACCACACUAUCCUUUUUGAGUUGCUCAAGUCCCUAGAGGCUUCAGGGCUGUUCAUCCAGCUCUUGAUGGCCCUGCCUUCCAACAUCUGCCGUUCAGAACUAGAACGCUUUGUGGAGCACGUGGCCAGCGACACGUCCUUACAGGACGUCACCUUCUUUUUGAAUGUCUGGUGGGAAAUGAUGAAACACAAAGUUGACCCAAAGGACCCCCUACUUAGUCAGUUUCGGACAAUGGCCCACAAGUACCUGUCAACUUCAGAUGAAUUCUCCCAUCCUCCAAAGAGGUUCAAGGCUGAUCCAGAUGCCUGCCCUAUCAUGUCCUUGUUAGGGGUGUUGCUGGAUGGACUCAAGCAGAUCCAAAACAAUAUCACAGCCCCUAGCCUGAAGUGCUGUGCGGUGGCUAACCUGGCUGACAUGCUCACUGUCUUUGCCCUGGCGGAAGAGGACCCACAGGAGCUGUCAGCCACCGUAUACUUGGACAAGCUUGCGACUGUUGUCUCCCUGUGGAAUUCUGACACCCAGAACCCUUACCACCAGCAGGGCCUGGCUGAGAAGGUGAAGGAGGCUGAGCGGGAUGUGAGCCUGACUUCCUUGGCCAAGUUGCCCAACGAAACACUCUUCACUGGCUUUGGCUACCUGCACAACCUGCUGCAACAGUGGGGGGAGGAGCUGCAGGCUGUGCUCAACAGCAGUCAGAGACUGAACUACGGGAGUUAUCGCCUGUGUGACAGCCUGACCUCCUUCAACCAGAACCUGGAGGGCUAUGUGGACACCAGAGACCUCUCCAAAGAUGAGGGGCAGAUGGUCUCGGAGCUGGCAGAGUGUGUUAGAAACUUCCUGAGGAAGACCAACAUGUCCCUGAGGGGCAAGAGCCCAGAAGAUAUCACAGCUUCAAUUGCAAUGGCCAUCAUUGGCCAAAAGAUGGACCGACACAUGGAGAUGUGCUAUAUCUUUGCCUCUGAGAAGAAGUGGGCUUUCUCAGCUGAGUGGCUGGCCUGCCUCGUGAACAACAAGGCUCUUUUCCGGGAACCAGGCUUAGUACUGAAGCUGCUAGAAACAGUCAUGACUAUCAAGAUGUCAGGCCAAGAGGUUCCUGAGGCCCAGGCAGAAGAAGUCACCAACUUGAUCCUGGACUGUUACUCAGAUCUCUCUUUGGUAGAUAAAAACAAGGUGCUCUCGGGGAUCUUGAGCUCCUGGGGACGGAAGGGCCUCUCUGAGAAGCUGGUCACUUACAUGGAGGGUUUCCAGGAAGAUCUGAACAUGACUUUCAACCAAAUCACACAGAGUGCCUCAGAGCAAGGCCUUGCCAAAGCCAUUGCCUCUGUGGCCAGGCUGAUUGUGCUCCACCCAGAGGCCACAGUGAAGAAGAUGUGCAGCCUCGCCAUGGUCAAUCUUGGGGCACCCAGGUUCCUGGCUCAGAUCCUCAGUGCCUUCCCUGCCCUCAUGUUUACAGAAGGAGAGCAAGACCCAAGCUCAGCCACCUCUCUGCUGGUAGCAUGUCUCAGAGAAACAGUCUGGGGGAAACUUUCAUCAGCCAAGGAGGAGAAACAGUUUUUGGAGUUUCUCAGCUACCUGAUGAAUCCCCCAGAGCAAGAGACCAGCACUAUCCCCUUGACCCCUCUUCUGGCCCCCGAGGAGGUGAUUAAAGUGUUUGUCCUGCCUUACUUGAUGCUGCAUUUGGAAGAGGUGGACCUGUGUCUCAAGAUCUUCAUUCAGGCUCUGGAAGCAAAGCCAUCCUCUGAUGGCUCCUGGCUCCUGUCCUGUUCUCCAUUCCCCCUCCUCUUCACUCUGUGCCAGCUGCUAGACAGCUACACCAAGUAUUGGCAGCACCCCAAAGCAAAGCGGCACCUCUUGUUGGACUCUAAAGAUACUGUGACUGGCAUCCUUGAACAGCUCUGUGAGGUGGUACUGCCCAAGGAAGAGAACCCUAGUCCAGAGAACUGGACCAAGUCCUUGUCUUGGCUUCACCGGAAGACAGAGCAACUAGACUGGACAGUGGGCCUGCGACUGCGGGCUAUCUUUAAGGGUCAUUUUAAGUGUGAGGUGCCAGCUACCCUCUUUGAGAUCUGUAAGCUUUCUGAGGAUGACUGGACUUCACACAAUCACCCGGCCUAUGGGCCUGGCACAGGCCUCCUGGCCUGGAUAGAAUGCUGUUGUAUUUCUGCUGAUACUUGUGAGCAUAUGCUCUCCCUCCUGGCUGUGGAUACGGGGAACCCCGAGGAGGUCAGCUUCUUCAGCAAGGGCUUCCUAGUGGCUCUGGUGCAAGUCUUGCCUUGGUGCAGCCCCAAUGAAUGGAAAUGCCUGCACCAGCUGACCAGGAGUCUGCUGCAGAAACAACUGCUGCAUGUCCCGUAUAGCCUAGAAUAUGUCCAGUUUGUUCCACUGCUCAAUCUGAAACCCUUUGCCCAAGAGCUGCAGCUAUCAGUGCUUUUCUUGAGAGGUUUCCAGUUCCUGUGCAGCCCUAGCUGUUCCAAUUGGCUUCCUACUGAAGGCUGGAGCCACGUGGUCAAGCUCAUUUGCAGCAGCCUGACUGAUCUACUUGACUCUGUCAAGGUCCAGUCCCUUUGCCCCUGGGCCCAAGGACAGGAGAAAGACUUGAUACAAGAAACCUUGUUUGUUUACACUCAGCUAUUCUGUCACAUUCUCCACAUCAUGGCCAUGCUCCCUGAGGAGGUCUGUGAGCCCCUCUAUGUUCUAGCCCUGGAGACCCUCUCUUACUAUGAAGUCUUGAGCAAAAGUGACAACUCCACUAACUCCCUGCUCCGCAAGGCAAAUGAACAGCACUUCCUCAAAUCCAUUGCUGAAAAUGUUGGCCCCAGGGAACAACGGAAAACCUUGCUGCAGAAGAUAAACAACUUUUGAGGAUCCCUGCACCCCCUUUCCCAAGGCCCAGGAAAAUGCUGGUCUUCCAUGGAGUGAAAGCAGACUAAUGGCUAGACAGAUGCAAAAACCUCCUUUCACAAUCAUAGGAAAUAGACACAAGAUACACCAAGAGUAUGGUAUGUAAAGAAGAGGAAAAUACUUUCUUGGGCAUAUGUAAGAGUUAUAAUAAAAUUUACCUUUUCUUUUGA